UAUUGACAAUUCGAAAUCGAAAGUCGAAACAACGCGUACUAAAUACACACAAAAUGAAGUUCCUUAUUCUACUUGCCACACUUUUGGCCUGCGAAGCACGCGAACUUGGAUUAGGCAAACGUGCCAGCCAUCAAUUGGAUAUCGAUGUAGUUCGUCCCGAAUCGCGUAUUGUGGGCGGCUCAGAUGCUCCACAAGCUUUUGCUCCUUACCAAGUGUCCAUCAUGAACACCUUUGGCGAACACGUUUGCGGCGGCAGCAUCAUCGAUGAGAACUGGAUACUCACAGCUGCCCAUUGCACUGAAUGGCCCAAACAGUAUCUGAAAAUCGUCACCGGCAGCAAUGAUUACACCAAACCAGGUGCGGAGUAUUCUGUGGAUAUUGUGAAGAAGCAUUGCGAGCACGAUAAACCCGCCUAUCACAAUGAUAUUGCCCUCUUGCACGUCGCCACGCCUAUUGUCUUUGAUGAGCGCACUCAGCCCAUCAAGAUGGCCACCAAGGAUUCGCUGAACACAGGCGACAAAGUCACACUCACCGGCUGGGGCAGCAUCAAGGCCUGGGGACGUUAUGUCACCCAGCUGCAGAAAAUUGAGCUCGCCUACUUGGCGCAUUCGGACUGCGAGUCAAAGGUGAAGAAUGCCAAAUGGCUGGGCGAAGGACAUCUCUGCACUCUGACCAAGGAAGGCGAGGGAUCGUGCCACGGCGACUCUGGCGGUCCGCUGGUCGAUGAGAACAACACCUUGGUUGGCGUCGUCAAUUGGGGCGAGGCAUGUGCUCUUGGCUACCCAGAUGUGUUUGCCUCCGUGCAAUACUAUCAGCCCUGGAUCAACGAGAUGAUGACACCAGAAGGCGUUGCCUGUUCGUAAACUCUCUCAACUCAAAGAGGACACACAGGGAGGUCAAUAGACCCCAUAAAAAACCUUAACUCUAUACCAAAGAACAAAAGCCCCACCGAACAAAAAACCUAGUCUGUAGCUCAACCAUAUUUAUCAAAUUUAUAUAUCGCAAAAUAUAAAAUAUUUAUGAACAACAA